CGCGGGAGGGGACGGGCUGGGACGGGCGUGGGUAGGCGCGGCGACCCGCAGGACCAGGUGCAGCGCCGGCGAGUCUGGGGUCGCCGCGGCCCAGGAGGAACAUCCAUUCUCCGUCCCGCCUGUGCGGUCCCCGCGCCCUGUCCCCGGACGCCGAGACCCUCAGAACCCAGGUUCUGCCUUACACAGUCACCCUCUCUUCUGAUGUUGACCUCAGCCAGGACCACCUCCAGCAUGCUAUGGACUUAAGGGCACCUGGGAAAUAGUACUCCGAAGCCCUCAGCCAAAUUUGCCUGUUUGUUUCUUCGUGAUCAGACACCUGACUUUUAUCACCAGGUCUCCAAACUUCCCAAAGCUCCCAACCAAGCCUGACAGGAGCAGUGAAGGCUCAGGAAACCUAAGGGGAAGCAGCACAGCACCAACUAGGCAGAGAUGCCCCAGGCCAUGACAGCUCUUUGAGUGAGGCCUGGUAACAGGGAGGUGCCAUCACCCACUGGUCUGUCCAAUCCAGCUCCAAGAUGCUGAGCCUGAAGCUCCCCAGGCUAUUUAGCAUAGACCAGAUACCCCAGGUGUUCCAUGAACAAGGCAUCCUGUUCGGCUACCGCCAUCCACAGAGUUCUGCCACGGCCUGCAUCCUCAGUCUUUUCCAAAUGACCAAUGAGACUCUCAACAUUUGGACUCACUUGCUGCCUUUCUGGUUCUUUGUGUGGAGGUUUGUGACUGCACUGUACAUGACAGACAUCAAGAAUGACAGCUACUCCUGGCCCAUGCUUGUGUACAUGUGCACCAGCUGCGUGUACCCACUUGUGUCCAGCUGUGCACAUACCUUCAGCUCUAUGUCCAAGAAUGCCCGGCACAUAUGCUACUUCCUGGACUAUGGCGCCGUCAACCUCUUCAGCCUGGGCUCGGCCAUCGCCUACUCUGCAUACACGUUCCCAGACGCGCUGGUGUGCACCACCUUCCAUGACUACUAUGUGGCUCUGGCUGUGCUGAACACCACCCUCAGCACAGGCCUCUCCUGCUACUCCAGACUGCAUCAGAACAGCCACUCCACCAAGAGCCUCGGUGCAUGGCUCUGCAUCCACUGUACUGGCUUCCUUACCCUGCAGUCCUGUGGGCCCCGAGGGAGGACAGAGCCCUCCACAGUACAUCUCAGCAUUGAUGCGGGGACUAUACCUGUCCCUACUACCUGGCCUUGGCUGCCCAACCAGCACUGGUUCCUUGAAAUCAAGAAGCCCAUACUCUGUAAGGUGAUUCGCAUCCUCGCCUUUGCUUAUCCCUACAUUUGGGACUCCCUCCCCAUCUUCUACAGGCUAUUCCUGAUCCCAGGGGAGAGUGCACAGAAUGAAGCCUCCUUGUACCACCAGAAGCACAUGAUCAUGACCCUCCUGGCCUCUUUCUUGUACUCUGCACACCUGCCAGAGCGCCUAGCCCCGGGACGCUUUGACUACAUCGGUCACAGUCACCAGCUGUUUCAUGUGUGUGUGAUCCUGGCCACACACCUACAGAUGGAAGCCAUACUUCUGGACAAGACUCUGAGGAAGGAAUGGCUCCUGGCCACCUCCAAGCCCUUCUCUUUCUCUCAGAUAGCUGGAGCCAUACUUCUGUGCAUCAUUUUCAGCCUCGGCAACAUAAUUUAUUUCUCAGCUGCUCUGUAUCGGACUCCUGAGCCAGAAUUACGUAAAAAAGAAACUUGAUUCAGACCAUAAGCCUUUCAUGCCAGAUGCCAACGUUAAGCCGCAACACCUUAACCACCACAAGCCGGGGUGGUUACAGCUUAUAACGGCCGAAAUAUUCAUAAUCGUUGGUGUCUUUUGUGUCUUUUGAAUGAACUCAUUUCAAAAAGGUAUUCAGCUAGAGAACGUUCUCUAAAUGUACACUGAUUCUGUGUGUGUGAUUUUAAAAGGAGAACAUGGCUCAAGCAAGUCCUUGUUAAAGCAAACUAUUGACAUUUCAUUAAUUUUUAAAUUACUGAAAAUGGGAUCUUUAAUUCUAUGUAAACAAUUGGAUUAAGCAUAUUA